CUAAAUCGACUCGUGAGCAAUGCUGACUGUGGCUGACAGCUUCAACUAAGACUGACGCGACCUUCGCAUGUGUUCAUUUUAGCGUUGUCGCCACUUCCCUUAGCUCCUUGUGUGGGCCACGGCUACGAUGGUCAAUUGGAAUAGUAUUGGUCACUUUUUCGUUUAUGAAGGAUACCUAUGGGACUGGCUCACAGCGGCGGUGGCCAUCGUCAUCAACCUGGUGGUCCCAGCACAAAUCGACCCGCUGAACCGCGUCUAUAUGCCAAAUGACCCGACGCUAUCGUACCCGCUGGAGGAUUCCUCCGUGCCCACCAGCGCUCUGUACGUGCUGGUGUUCGUACUGCCGGCGGUGGUGUUCGCGGUGGCGGCCUGGGUCAAGCGUUGGACGGUGCCGAGCUGGGCGUUCGUGGACUGGCACCACGCCGCGCUCUCCAUAGCAGAAGGCUUCGCAUUUACCACGGGCUUCAAGCGCUGGAUCAACCUGGUGGGCAGGUACCGUCCCAACUGGCUGGCCACGCUGCAGGCUGGGGACCAGGGCGAGAUCGACGACGCGCGGCUGAGCUACCCGUCCGGCCACUCGGCCUACAUGUUCUUCUCCAUGACCGUCCUGGCGCUGUACCUGGUGGGCAAGACCGAGCUGCUGCACCGGCCAAGCCAGCUGCUGUUCUUCAAGGCCAUAUGCGCGAUGGCCCCCAUGGCCCUGGCCGCCUUUGUGGCGGUGAGCCGCGUAGCCGAUUACAAGCACGCGCCCUCCGACGUCAACGCCGGAUGCUUCAUCGGGUUCGUGUGUGGCGUGUUUGCCUACUUCCUCAACUACCCCUCGCUCUUCGACCCCGCCUCUGCGCUGCCCAAGCGGCGAGGCAGCGCCGUCGCCAAGGCCGCCGCAGAGCAGGCAGCUGAGGCGGCGGAGUACGGGCCAGUGCCGGGGGCACCGGGCGGCAGCGGAGGCGGAGGCGGCGCAUACGGCACGCCGCUGCAGCCCCGCAUGACGGAGACGGCGGAGCAGCUAGCGAUCAUGUACGGCGCGAGUAGUGGCGGCGGCGCCGCGUCGAGGAACGGCGGCAGGAGCGGGGGCGGUGCGACCGCUGUCAGUGGGCGAUACUAGUGGGACAGAUUGGGAGAGGCGCGCACACCGAACGUGUCUUCCAGUUGCUGAGCAGCCAAUUUGGUUUUGUCGAUCGAUGUUUUGUAAAGUCGUAAUAUGUUUUGGUGAGUGCCGUAUGGCUGCGUGUGGCUUGUACGCAUGUCAAGCACGCUCCGGGCGAGGGUUCGAGGUGCCGGUGAGUUACAAGUCACUUACGACGCGAGGGGUGAGGUAGCCAAAUGGUGUGAUGGGACAGGGUAAGGAGCAGGUUUGCGUAGUCCCGUACACUAGUGUGCGCAUUCUCGUCGCCCACUCAGCAUUAAAGUGGUGGCGUCAAGGCAUGAGCGCGCGGCGCGGUGGUGGCCAUCGGGUACGGGCACGUGAUCUCAAUACACGUCAUCACGGUGAUCUACGGUGGUGCCUUGACGGGACAUAUACGUGACUGGAUGACCGAUGUUGACUGGAUGACCGAUGUUGACUGGAUGACAGGACUUGGAGCGUGGAAACGCAACAUGUCCUACCUGUGCCGGGCGCUCGGCCAUGAGUGCUCACUUUGCGUGAAUUGCUGUGAAGGGACAAUUGACAAACGCGUGCAGGGUUAAGCUGCAUUUCUUGGGUGUCAGACAUAGCUAAUAUCAGAAGCUUGGAUGCCUCAACAGCGCGAAACGUGGUCCUUCAAAAGGUU